AUUAUUAUUACCAGAAAUAGCAGACACACAACAGUAUAUAGUCAAACACUAUGGGCAUGUUAUAAUAGGUGGUCGGAAGACUGCACGGCACGAGACUCGGAGACUGCAGGCACGAUACAAGAGACGGUCGGAGACUGCAGGCACGAUACAAAGAGACGGUCGGAGACUGCAGGCAUGAUACAAGAGACGGUCGGAGACUGCAGGCACGAUACAAGAGACGGUCGGAGACUGCAGGCACGGAUACAAGAGAUGGUCGGAGACUGCAGGCACGAUACAAGAGAUGGUCGGAGACUGCAGGCACGAUACAAGAGA